AUGCCGCAGCCUCCGGGAGCCGCGUGGGAUAGCCUGAAGCCGGGACUCACCGACUGGAUUGCGGAGGUCAUCGCGCAGCAGGGAUGGGAGCGCAUGACACCCGUUCAAGCGGGAAGCAUCCCGAGAGCGCUCAAGAACCAAGACUGCGUGGUCGAGGCUGUGACUGGUUCAGGCAAGACGCUUGCUUUCGUGAUUCCUGUCCUGGAGCGCCUUGUCCGCAAUGAGCACAAGUACAAGAAGGGAGAGGUUGCCGCGCUCGUGAUCGCACCGACUCGCGAACUUGCUUCUCAGAUUUACGAUGUGUUCAAUCUUUUCCUCAGCUCUAUCCAACCGCCAGAGCCUGAGGUCGAGGAAGGGGAGACGCCUCCGCCGGUUGAGCCCGCGCCUUACUCGCUCCCCACGCUCGUGACCUCGGGCACGGAGAAGCCGUACGACACCUUCCUCGAGCGGAGCUCGAACAUUAUUAUCGGUACCCCCGGACGACUUGCGAACUUCCUGCUCGCUCCCCGCGGACUGAGCGCCGUCAAGGUGUCGAACCUGGACGUGCUGGUGCUGGACGAGGCGGACCGAUUGGUGUCUUCUCCCGACCACAGGCGUGACGUCGAGCGCAUCAUCAAGCAUCUUCCGAAACAGAGGCGCACGCACCUGUUCUCCGCGACCAUGACGGAUGCCAUCGAGGACCUCAUCGGCCUUGGUCUGCGCAAUCCGGUCCGUAUCGUUGUCAAUCUUAAGGACAAGCGCGCGAAGAAGGAAGGCGAGGAGCGCAGAAUCCCGCUGGGUUUGCAGAACACGUACACCGUCUGCGAGCCGGCGGAUAAGACGCUCCAGCUCGUGCGCAACCUGAAGCGUGAGGCUGAGAAGCACCAGAAUGCCAAGUUCAUCGUGUAUUUCUCGACCGGCGCCGCCGUGGACUACUUCUACAGGGUUCUCUCAAAGAUCCCACAGCUGGAAAACUUCAGUCUGACGUCCCUGCACGGCGACCUUCCUCCUCGCGUGCGCGAUCAGGCGCUUUCCGCCUUCACAUCACACCCUUCGUCACACCUCUCACCUGCUGUGCUGCUGUGCACGGAUCUGGCUUCUCGCGGCGUUGACUUCUCUGACAUUGACUGCGUCGUGCAGUACGACACGCCGACGGACCCGAAGACGUUCUCGCACCGUGUCGGUCGAACAGCCCGCGCGGGACGAAGUGGCAAGGCGAUCCUGUUGCUAACAAAGGGGCGGGAAGAGGAGUACAUCGAGCUCUUGCGGGUACGCAAGAUCCCGCUGGUCGGUGUCGAGCCCCUCGGUGCUGAUCUCGAGCCCCGCACCGUCUCUGAGGAAGCGAGUGUCGAGGCGGAGCGCGUCGACCCAGCAAGCCUGGAGCUGAUGGAGGAGAUCCGCUCCCUGGCACUCCAGGACCGCGACCUGUUCGAUCGUGGUGCCCGCGCCUUCGUGUCCAGUGUUAAGGCGUACUCGAAGCACGAGGCCGGCUUCAUCUUCCGCGUCGCCGACCUCGACUUCAACGCGAUGGCGAUUGCAUUCGGCCUGCUCCGCCUCCCUGCCAUGCCGGAGGUGCGCGACUGGAAGAAACGCGACGCCAAGUUGAAGGAGAAGUACGAGGCUGCGGUCGCUAAGGACGCUGAGCCCUCCGAGCCGGCUGAGAAGAAGGAGGGCCAGGAGGAGGAGGAGAAGGAGCUGCCGAAGUACACACCACCGGUACCCUUUGCCGAGGCCGAGGUGGACUGGGACACGUACGCCUACGCGUCGAGGCAGCGCGAGGCUGCCCGCCAAGCUGAGCUCGUGACCAAGGCUGCGAACCGCGAGAAGGAUGCUGAGGAGCGCGAGAAGCGCGCCAAGAAGCGCAAGAUCGAGAAGGAGCUGCGCUCCGCUUGGAGUAACCAGAAGGAGCGCAAGGUCGCUCGCCUGGAUAGGCGGGAGAAGCGCGAUCUCAAGAAGAAGCGCGAGUGGGAGCGGAAGCAGAUCGAGGCUGGAGAGGAAGUUGAGCGCGCGGAUGUGCAGCUCAGCAAGAAGAAGAGGAAGGAACAGGCCGAGGAAGACGAGGAUUGGGAAGGUGACUACAAGGCUCUGCGACGAGAGGUCGAUGAGGAGCGUACGUCCAGGAAGGGCAACAAGAAGGACAACAUCGGCGGCAUGUUCGACGAUCUUGAUUAG